AGCCUGUCCUGUGGGCUGUAACGCCUCGCGCUUGUACGGAGAAAACCAGGUUAAAGUCGACCAGCAGUGAUACAGCUCUGUAAACCAUGACUUAAAACUUUUGUGAAUGCUUUGUCUUCAAUCCACUGAAUAUGCGGAAGUACCGAAGAUUGCAUUGAGGUCUCUGUUGCAUUCUGGAGGAGCCGCUGCAGCUCCACUGAUGGGCCCGGAGCAUUGCGGACAACAGACAUGCACUUGGUUCCUUACCUGAAUCGUAUGCAAAAGGACACUUAAAACAUUGUUAAAAAAAUAAAAAUAAUUCGGAACUCAGUUUAUUCCGAUUUACAAACAUUAUCAUUUUCUGGUUGUUUAUGCCAGGAUAUUGUAGGUUGUAAAGACACCAAGCAGUUUUCUGUUGGAACUGGCCUCAAAGAAGUAGCUUGGAGUUAUAAGACAAUACCUUUUUUUUUAAGUAAGCUCUGACGUUCCCAUCAGCAUGAGCGCUGAAGGAUACCAGUACCGAGCGCUCUACGACUACAAGAAGGAGCGGGAGGAGGACAUUGACCUGCACGUCGGGGACAUACUGACAGUCAGCAAGGGGGCCCUCCUCGCUCUGGAUUACGUAGAGGGCCUGGAGCAGAGGCCGGACGAUAUCGGCUGGCUGCCGGGGUUCAACGAAACCACCCAGGUGAAGGGGGACUUCCCGGGGACCUACGUGGAGUACAUCGGGAAGAAAUGGCUCUCCCCUCCGACCCCGAAGCAGAGACCCCUCCGGCCCCUGCCCCUGGCCCCGGCCACCUCCAGAACGGGGGCGGACUCCGAUUCGGAGCAAGGGUUCGCUCUGACGGACCUGACGGAGCAGUUUGCCCCCCCGGAGACGGCACCACCCAUGCUGGCUUCCCUGCUGGAGGCCAUUGAAAGAAAGGGUCUGGAUAAUCCAACGUUGUAUCGGACAUUCGCUGCCGGGGCUGGCCUGGAAGUCAGACAGUGCUUUGAAUCCGAUCAGCCCGCAGAGGAGCUGGACCAGCUGGACCUGGCCGGGCUCUGUGACGGUGUGCUCCGCUACUUGCAGGACCUGCCCACGGCGGUCAUCCCCCCCGCCGUGUACGCUCAGAUGGUGCAGACCGCCCAAGAAGUGACGAACCCCGAGGAGUGCGCUCAGCUGCUGCGCUCCAUCCCCAGCUCCCCCAACCUGCCCGCCCAGUACUGGCUCACGCUGCACCACCUGCUGCGCCACUUCUCCCGCGUCUGCCACCACGGCCCCAAGAACCUGCUCUCCGCCCGCGCCCUGGGCGAGAUCUUCAGCGGGGUGCUCUUCAGACAGGAGCCCGCCAGUUGUGAGCCAAACCCGGAGGUCCACGUGAAGAUCCUGGAGGCUCUGGUGACCAGCGAGGUCAAUGAGACCCAGGCAGCUCCAGCACUGCCUCCGAAGCCGACCAAGCCCGCGCCCGCGACUAACAACGGCAUCAUCACCAACAACGGCAUGGCUCUCCACGAGGCAGAGUGGUACUGGGGCGACAUCUCCCGCGAGGAGGUGAACGAGAAGCUGCGGGACACGGCCGACGGCACCUUCCUGGUGCGGGACGCCUCCACCAAGAUGCACGGCGACUACACGCUCACCCUGAGGAAAGGCGGCAACAACAAGCUGAUCAAGAUCUUCCACCGCGAUGGGAAGUACGGCUUCUCGGACCCGCUGACCUUUGGCUCGGUGGUGGAGCUCAUCAACCACUACCGCAACGAGUCGCUGGCCCAGUACAACCCCAAGCUGGACGUCAAGCUGCUGUUCCCCGUCUCCAAGCACCAGCAGGAUCAAGUGGUGAAAGAGGACAACAUCGAGGCGGUGGGGAAGAAGCUGUGUGAGUACCACCAGCAGUACCAGCUGAAGAACAAGGAGUACGACCGGCUCUACGAAGAGUACACCCGAACAUCCCAAGAAAUCCAAAUGAAGCGGACGGCCAUCGAGGCGUUCAACGAGACGAUAAAGAUAUUCGAGGAGCAGUGUCAGACGCAAGAGCGCUACAGCAAAGAGUACAUCGAGAAGUUCCGGAGAGAGGGCAACGAGAAGGAGAUCCAAAGCGUUCCCUCUUCCCCGACUGCCUCUCCCAGGAUCAUGGGCAACUACGACAAGCUCAAGUCGAGGAUCAGCGAGAUCGUGGACAGCAAGCGGCGGCUGGAGGAGGACCUGAAGAAGCAGGCGGCCGACUACCGGGAGAUCGACAAGAGGAUGAACAGCAUCAAGCCCGACCUCAUACAGCUGAGGAAGACCAGGGAUCAGUACCUCAUGUGGUUGACACAGAAGGGCGUGCGGCAGAAGAAGCUCAACGAGUGGCUGGGCAUCAAGAACGAGAACACAGAAGAUCAGUACUCGAUGGUGGAGGACGACGAGGACCUGCCCCACCACGACGAACGCUCCUGGAAGCUGGGCAACAUCAACCGCCUGAAGGCCGAGGACCUCCUGCGGGGCAAGAGAGACGGAACAUUCCUGGUCCGGGACAGCAGCAAAGCCGGCUGCUACGCCUGCAGCGUUGUCGUGGACGGCGAGGUGAAGCACUGCGUCAUCAACAAGACGCCGUCGGGCUUCGGCUUCGCCGAGCCCUACAACCUGUACGGCUCGCUGAAGGAGCUGGUCCUCCACUACCAGCACACCUCGCUGGUGCAGCACAACGACUCGCUCAACGUCACGCUGGCCUACCCCGUCUACACCCAGCAGAGACGCUGAGACGCCCCCCCCCCCGCAGCGCCCCAAGGACCCCCCCCAACCGUUGACCGUGUCCCAGGGGGCUUCUGGUUUGGUCUCCUUCUGACCGGUGGACUCCACACAAGAGGCGGACGGACUGAGGCCCGCCAGGAGGAAGAGGAGGAGGAGGAGGAGGAGGAGGAAGAGGAGGACGAUGAGGUGAUUCGGAGACUUGAUACCGGCUAUGGAUGACGUUGAGGAGCCUGAAUGUAGAUUCAACCCCUUCUUUAUUUUUGUGGUCGUUGCUGUUGUGGCGGGAGCACAGAAUCAGGCCGAGCCCGCGGAGCGGUCUCCACGGCGACGGACUUGAAGGCCUUCUCUUUCCAAACGGUGCUUUCUCCUUUCAAGCUGUACCAGCUGGAAUGUCCCCCCCCCCCCCCCCCCCCACAAGAGGAGGUCCCUCAGUGGGUGACAGAGACUGGCCGCACAUUAUCACCCUUACAUGUCUUGAUUUAUUUGGGGGGGUAUUUUGUGUGUGCGUGUGUGCGUGCGCUGUGCGUGUGUGCGUGUGUGCGUGUGUGUGUGUGUGAUGGUGCGAGGUAGUUUAUGUGACCAAAACAUUUUGAAUCAGGAAGCUGUGCGACGUGUGUGUAUGUUCGGCGUGUGAACGUUAGUUUGUUUGUAUUCACUUUUUUUUUUUGUAGCAGAACAUGGAUCAGCUGAUAAAUGUAGCAAAAUGGCACUUUGUUUGGGUUUCUUGAAAAGACUCAAAGGACUUCAACCCUGGAGCUGGGCGGUCAAGAUCCCUUGCUUUUUCUUUGUGGAAACAAAAACCUAUUGGAAAUGUGUGAAACUAUGAACAGAAGAGAUUAGGUGGAAACUAUUAAUUUAUGUACAUAGAGGACUUGUGCAAAGUGUUAAUACCUAGUGUACCAUACCAAAAAAAAGAAUAGUUCUCGUUCCGCUGUGAUCGGCUAUGCAAUUCUAUCUCACCUCUCAAAACUGUAUAUUUUCUUCUGUUGCCACCAACGAUAUAAGCUUGUUUUUGCUUGAAAUAAUAUUUUUUUUUCCAGUGUAAUUAAAAAGGAUAUUUUGUCAAAAAUGCCAAGAUGGAGAGAAAAAGGACAACUUGAUUUGUAAAGGAAAAGAACAUAUACUUUAUCGCAGAUGACUUUAUUGACUGGCUAACAGAUGGACAGGUUGAUUAUUUUGUCACGCCCUGUCGCUUCAACCCGAUCGCUUCUCAGGCCGAGCCUUUUGUUGAGUAUUUGAGCUGCUUCACUCAGUGACUUUCUUAACGUAGCCAGGCCAAGUUUUGACGAUCUUUGUCGUACACAACGCAAAAAGUCAAAGUUUGGGUACGUGUGUAGCGUGUGCACAGAGGGGAAAGCUGCAACGUUAGCCGUACGCUACACGUCGUACGAUAACCCCACGGGUUGUACAAUAACCGUACUCAUCGUAUGCUACGUGUCGUACGAUAACCGUACUCAUCGUAUGCUACGUGUUGUACGAUAACCGUACUCAUCGUAUGCUAUGUGUCGUACGAUAACCGUACUCAUCGUAUGCUACUUGUCGUACGAUAACUAUGCGCCGUAUGGCGCUGUUUCCACAUCUCCUUGAACACGGAAAAAAAUUAUAAAGAUUUAUUUUGUUAUAAAAACCACAAAAAGAUAUCAAAGCAGAACUGUUUUAAAAGACCAUGGCUAUGGUAAUUCUAAGAAUAAACAGGGGAGGUUGUUCUAUCUUCCUAUAUACAUUGUCGACUUAGUAUUUUUUUCUGUAUCAGAAAAGCAUUAAGUGUUUACAUGGGUGGAUCAGCUCAUUUCAAAUAGUCUGUGAUUUCUUUAUUUUCAUAACGCAUUAUUGUAUGCCAGUGGUGAUGGUGGGCUUUGUUUGAAGACGGUACUAAAUCGUGUAUUCCAUGUUUGAGGCCAGAUUAUGGAAAGUACAAAUUGAACUCAAUUGGACUGGACACUUGGGCACUUUCAACGUUGACCUAAACGUUGGAAUUGGCACAUGUCACGAAAUACAGCAAGUUCUUGAAUGAUUCUAUAAAAUCGCUAAUUUGACCACCACUAUAAUAGAAUUACUGGCCAUUCUUGGUUGGAUAUUUUUCUUUUCAAAUACUGCAAUUAUAUACUCGCCUUAAAAAGAGACUUCGAUAUGGCCCUAACUCCCCCACAAAAAAUGUACUUGGGUCGGUUUUUCUGACCAAUUAAACACGUUUUGUUCCCUAUGUUUAUAAAUGACAUUAGCCUGAUAAGUAGCAUCAUUAACCUAGUUGAAAUAGUUUUGCUACCUUUCCCAUGAUGACGGCUUCCUUUUCUAAAACCGAUGGUACUUUCUUUGUUUAAUAAUGGGAGUGGUCUAUGUGUAUAUUUUCAGGUGUAAUGAUAUUAAACCACCUUAUGUCAAUAUGUCAAAGUAAACGUGGUCAAUAUGAUUGAUUUGAGUUUAUUCGAAAAGGAAUGACCACAGGAACAAUGAAUGUUUGCUACAAAAUGAAUGACCCAGUACCCAUCUCCUUUAAUCUAAAACAUAAUUCGGACUUAUUGGAGGCAGAGUUUACCAUUGCAUUGCUGAAACAUUCGUAAUUAGUGUAAGAAAAAUAUGUAUGUAUGACAUAUUUGUUUAAUUCUCCUGUCUUGGGAAAAAUUAUUAGAUCUCUAGGCUGUUGACAUUCGUAAUGUGUCAUUGAUCUCAUUGAUGGUUUCUUUGAACUGCUCUUAGCUUCUUCAAAAUGCACCACUUAUGUUUUAAGAUCUAUUUUUCUUUUCUCACUUUUGUGUUCUGUACGACUUUGACUUAUGUCUUGGCCUCAUGUUGGGUGUGUCCUCGACACCAUGAGACUGAUUUACCAGUGUUCCACAGUUUUGCUUUAAAACCUGUAUUGGGCUUUGUUAAAUAAAAAUACAUUUUUUGUUCUUUUUAAGUAA